ACGUGACACUCCUGGCAGAGAAAAUGGCGCCUGUCAGGUGCGGCGGAGUUUACAGUGGCCAAACAGUCAAGUACCCUGGACUUUGACACGUAAGCUGUGUAACUGCCUGUCGCCGCACCAGCUUUAGCGUACACACAAAUAUGUUUUUCAGAGGACAGAAGCGCAGUUUGUGCUGGAUGCUGAAGUCAUAGCAGGAACACCAGACCCUUACAUUUUGGAACAUCACUCAUGCUGUAGACCCCUUGUAGAGGAAUGGCCAAAGACCAGAAGCAAAGCAGGGCAGAAACAUUUGUACUGGCUGGAUCAAAUGGUCAUAAUGGCCAGCAGUGGCGGACUGGUAUGAAUAACUUUGUGCAGAAUCAUCCUGCACCUACCAACCACACGUCGAGGAUGGCCCGUGUUGCCUCACAUGUCAGGCAGAAGUGUGCGGCCUAUGUGCUCGCUCUGAGACCGUGGAGCUUCAGUGCCUCGCUCACACCUGUGGCCCUUGGCAGUGCCUUGGCAUACAAACUGGAGGGCUCUGUGGACUUGGUCAUCCUGAUGGUGUGUGCAGUAGCCGUCCUUGUAGUCCACGGGGCAGGAAACCUCGUGAACACCUACUAUGACUUCUCCAAAGGGAUUGACCAUAAGAAGAGUGAUGAUAGGACUCUUGUGGAUGAAAUCUUGGCUCCACAGGAUGUUGUUAUGUUUGGUGCAUUGCUAUACUCGUUGGGGUGCUUGUGUGCCACUCUGCUCUACUUCUUGUCAACUCUUAGACUUGAACAUCUAGCCCUUAUUUACUUUGGGGGACUCUCCAGCUCUUUUUUAUACACCGGAGGCAUCGGCCUCAAGUAUGUCGCCCUGGGAGAUGUAGUAAUCCUCAUUACCUUCGGUCCUCUGGCAGUCAUGUUUGCCCACGCAGUGCAGGUUGGCUACCUGUCUGUGCUGCCGCUGGUGUACGCCGUCCCGCUGGCCCUCAACACAGAAGCCAUCCUCCACAGCAACAACACAAGAGACAUGGACUCUGACAAGCAAGCAGGCAUCGUCACCUUGGCCAUCCUCAUAGGCCCCACACUGUCUUACAUCCUCUAUAACGUCCUGCUCUUUGUCCCUUACGUGCUCUUUUGCAUCCUCGCCACCCGUUACACCAUCAGCAUGGCGCUGCCUCUGCUCACAUUGCCCAUGGCCUUUUCCCUGGAGAAGCUGUUCCGGAGCAGAUGCUACGCCAAGAUCCCCCACAAAACGGCCAAGCUAAACCUCCUCAUGGGACUUUUCUAUGUGUUCGGCAUCAUUCUGGCACCUCCUGGCAGCUUGCCAUUACUGUGAUUCAUUAGCUUUGACAUUUCAAGUUUUAUUGUUUUAAUACGGACUAGUUUAUAUACCUCUUUGUAUUUGUAUGAAGCUAUCUAAAGACUUUUACUGGCUUUAAUUUGUUUAAUUUAUAUGUUGAACAGAGGUUUAGUUUAAUUCCCCCUCUGUGACACUGAAGACGCUGUCAGUAUUAAGCCUGCUGUAACCUGUUGGUUAAGGUAAGAAAUGUUGUAGAGGUGGGCAGCAUUUUCAUUAUUUAAGGACACAUGAUAAAGCAACAGUUGCCAAGACACAAUGCUUAACACUGGUACCCCGAAGACAUCAUUUAAUCCAUAAUUCUCAACACUGUAAUGUCUGUAUGAUACAUUCUGUUAAUUUGCUCAUUAUACUAUUCUUUUUGAAGAGCCAAAUAGUAUUCCAUUUAAUUGUAAUAAAACUCACUAUACUGA